CCGAUUAUUAUUAUUAUUAUAUCUUUUUUUAUAUGAAGAUGGAAAUGUGUGUACUAAAAAAGUAAAAAAUUACAUCGGGAGGGUUCUAGCAAUUUCCCUUUAUCCGACUAUUAAUCAGUAGCUUUUCUGGAAAUCAGCAUUCACUUUAGCACGAUAGUACAAAUUUCAGCAGUGAAAUCAGAUAAAAAAAUGGCGGACAGUGAAGAUUUGGCGCUGGACUUAGAGGAAUUGAAGCGUCUCCAAAGCAUCGCAAAGAGGCCGCGCGUUGUAUCUCUAAUUUCCUCCGAGAUUCGCAACCUGGAAAAACUAUCGAAAGAGGUUAUUUCGGUACCAACCAGCAGCACACCAAAUCCAAUAUCAACAGCACAAAAAACGUUGUUGAUCUAUACCUCUCUUAGCUCCUUCAGCUGGGAUCAAGAUACCGAUCAUCUGAAGAUUUAUGUAUCACUUGAAGGGGUUGAUCGGGAAAAGAUUGAGGCUGACUUCAAGCCUAUGUCGUUCGAUAUCAAAUUCCAUGAUGUCCAAGGAAAGAAUUACAGAUGUGCUGUGCCUAAGCUGAACAAAGAGAUUGUGCCUGAGAAAUGCAAGUUCAUCGUGAAGCCUAAGAGAGUGGUAAUCACUCUAGUCAAAGCUUCUAAAGGGAACUGGUUGGAUUUGCACUUCAAAGAAGAUAAGAUGAAGCCGAAUUUGGAUAAAGAGCGGGACCCGAUGGCUGGAAUAAUGGACCUGAUGAAGAAUAUGUAUGAAGAAGGUGAUGAAGAUAUGAAAAGAACAAUUGCUAAAGCGUGGACUGAUGCAAGGUCUGGAAAGAAAGCAGAUCCUUUGCAGGAUCUGUCAUGAUGUAUUCAAUUGGAGAACAAAUUUGUCGAAAGUUGUGAACUUGGUUUAAAAAUCGGGAUGAGGGUUUAUUUUUCCUUGAUUAUGUGGUUUUUAGUGAUCUUAUCAAAUGCACUGGGGUUUUAUAGUUUAAGAUUAUUAUUACUUCGUGUUUAAUGAUGAUGCUUUAUGUAGGCAUUGAGAUGGAUGUCUUUGGUGUUGCAUUUCUACUGUUUUUUGUGUUGUGAAAUUUGCAUUCGGUGGCUCAUUUUUGUCAGUGAAUAUGAUGAACGCUUCACGGUUAUUUUUGUACUUGAUUAAAAUUUUGGUAAGGAAAAUCUUUUUUCUUCUCUUAUUUAGAAACAUAUGUGGAAGGUAAAAUAGC